UGGGUUUUGUGCUCGCAGGCUACGGAAGAACACUGAACACAGCUGUAACUAAUGAUCAAGCCUUUAUUCCACAUUAUUCUUCAGCCUGUCGGUGCAGAACACACUUGAUCCCUCCUGCUUUUUAGACACUUUUUUUUUUCUUCGCACAGUAAAUCGGAUAAAGACGCUUUUAUAACGGACUCGGCUGGGGUGAAAUGAAUGCUGUUUAUUAUUGCUGUAUUUUGAGGAGGGUGUCCAACACUGAGCUGUAGUUUCUCUUCAAGAGGCAAGGAAUGCAAUCUGAGCAUCAAUGUUUCACUGGGGCAAGUGGAAGAAGAGGAUGGGAGCCAAUAGUUCUUCAAAGAGACCAGUUUUCGACGAGAAGGAAGAUGUGAACUUUGACCAUUUCCAGAUAUUGCGAGCCAUUGGGAAGGGGAGCUUCGGAAAGGUAUGCAUUGUGCAAAAGAGGGACACGGAGAAGAUGUACGCCAUGAAGUACAUGAACAAACAGCAGUGCAUAGAGAGAGAUGAGGUCCGAAACGUCUUUAGAGAGCUUGAGAUCCUACAGGAAAUUGAACAUGUUUUUUUAGUAAAUCUCUGGUACUCGUUCCAGGAUGAGGAGGACAUGUUCAUGGUGGUGGACCUCCUGCUGGGAGGAGACCUGCGCUACCACCUGCAGCAGAGCGUCCAGUUCAGUGAGGACGCCGUCAAACUCUACCUCUGUGAGAUGACACUGGCGCUGGACUACCUGCAGAGCCAGCACAUCAUUCAUAGAGACGUCAAACCAGACAAUAUCCUGUUGGAUGAGCAAGGUCAUGCUCAUCUGACAGAUUUCAACAUCGCCACAAUAAUAAAGGAUGGUGAGAGGGCCACAGCCUUAGCAGGAACCAAGCCCUACAUGGCCCCAGAGAUCUUUCAGUCCUUUGUGAGCGGAGGGACCGGUUAUGCUUUUGAAGUGGACUGGUGGUCACUAGGGGUGACCGUCUUCGAAGUCCUGCGAGGAUGGAGACCCUAUGAAAUCCACGCCAGUAACUCGGUGGAGUCUCUGAUUCAGCUCUUCAGUACCGUCAGUGUCCAGUACAGCCCGGCCUGGCCCAAGGACCUGGUGUCCCUCUUAAGGAAGCUGCUGACAGUGAACCCUGAGCAUCGUUUCUCCAGUCUGUCUGACAUGCAGACGUCUCCCUACCUCGCUGACGUCAACUGGGACGCUGUGUAUGAGAAGAAGAUGGAGGCCGGAUUCGUUCCUAAUAAGGGUCGCCUCCACUGUGACCCCACCUUUGAGCUAGAGGAGAUGAUCUUAGAGUCGCGUCCUCUUCAUAAGAAAAAGAAGAGGUUGGCCAAGAACCGAUCUCGAGACAACAGCAAGGAUUCGCAGUCUGAGAAUGACUACCUACAGGAGUGCCUUGAAGUGGUGCAGCAAGAGUUCAUGAUCUUCAACCGCGAGAAGUUAAAAAAGCGUCAGGAGGAGGGUCAGUCAGAGGCGGGUGGCGACGACGCCAGCGGAGACGGAGAAGCAGAAGCCGGCGGCACCGACGACGACGCGCCAGAAGCCAAUCCCGAGCCGGAGCCGGAGCCGGAACCAGAACCGGAGUCCUCCUCCAAACUGAGCAUGUGCGGCUCCGUGUGCUCCUCCCCCGGCAGCUGCUAGCGCGGCGUCGCCUCACAGUGACGAUCACAGGCCCGUGUGGCCGCUGCAGCGUUCGUGCCAUGCCUAUAGCUACACCUCUCUCCUCCGUCGUAGCCAUGAGCGGAAACAACAACUGACGCACAGCAGCACCCAAAAUGGCUCCAAUCAUCCCUCCUUUCUUUAUGUUUCUGUAGCAUCCUUCUGGUAAGGCAUGAAUGAAGCAGAUUUCCAGAGAGCCCCCGCCUACCUGUCCGCCCUAGAUUAAGCUCUAACUUCUAUGCAAUGUUACAGUAUAGCAUGACAAAUAAGGUAUCACUUUGUAAGAGGUGUUCACGAGGAGGAAGCGCAUGAUGACAUCCUGAGCAAUAGCCCGGUUUUUGGGGUUUUAUUGGAGACGCUUCCCCUCUCAGCCUUCCUGUUCAAAAUCUGAUGAGGACGACUGAAUUAUUCAACGCAGGUUAGGUUUACGAGCGCCUGCGUCUUCAGUUCACUCUCCUCUUUCUUCAAUUUUUGUGCCCUAAUUCAGAACAGUCGUUUGUCAUUUUUUCCUGGAACGCAUUAUGUAAAACCUCGACAAAAAUCUAACAAAUGUUCACUUCAUUACGUAAUAACACUUGCACUUUCCGAGACUCUGCCCCAUUUCAUAAUAACCGGAACACAACAUGUAGUAGAUGCACCUAUAGCUUGAAAAAAUGUGGUUGCAUUUUGCGUUUGCGUAUUACAAAAUAUGAGAGUUGCACUUGUGCAGCUGCAUUUUCAGCUUAUUCAUAAUGCAGCUGCAAGCUCUUUCAUUGUCAUUUUAUGAAAUCUUGUCAAAGAAUAUCAUAGAGGUUGACAAUAAUAGAAGUAAAAGUCUGAAUUAAUUAUUUCCAGAUCAGCUUUUGACUUGGCUCUUUUAGUUUUGCCAAAUUUAUAUGUAAAAUAUGAUAAAACUGCAGAUUUCAUGUGGCUACAGUGGUCUAAUUUGUUUUUUAUUAUUAUUAUUUGGGGUGCAUACUGUAGCUAAUUGUUAGAAAUAUAACAUGCACAGAUGAAAACACUUUGGUUGGUUGGUUAUUACAUGAUGCAUCUUAUUACUUUCCCAUUUUUAUGAACUCCUCUAUUUUGGAAAGACCACAUCUGUAUGUAAAUUUCUGAAAUGUGCAUUGUUUAAUAAUUUAAAGAGACAUAUGUAUUAAUCACAUCUUAAUCUAAUUGUAUCUUAAACAGCCAUAAAUAUAAUGAUGUGUUCACUGACCUUGCAUUAGCAGUAUCUGAAUUUUAAGACCCUACCUACUAAGAUUUCAUCUGUCUUGAAAUAGUUGAGAAAAUGCAUAUUUACUUGGGAAUAUGGACAAACAUUUUGACAAACAGAUGACUCGA